ACAGAACGUAAUAGGAUUUAAUAACACUAUUACCACGUAGUAGCCGUCACCGUUGUAAUAGGUUACAACAAACACCCUAUUAUUUUUGUCACGUAAACAUAACAGUUACUUAGUAAACGGCUAUCUGAGAAACAGUCUGGAUCUGUCACUUCUACCCAUCACCCUAUUACAAAAACUACGAGUAAUACGGAACGAACGGUGUGUCACUGACACUGGAUUCGUUACGUUACCGCUGUCACUAUAUUUGAGUUUUGUCACGUCAUUCACACGUGAUUCACAGACCAUUCGUGUCGUGUUAUGACACGAAAACUUCAAUGCACUUGCGUUCUGACUCUGAGGGCUACUAUCGUGUUUGUGCAUUUCAAGUUGGUUAUUGACAGUUCUAACCGUAUUAAUAGUUUAAUAGUAGUGUUUUGGACUUUUUCCACUAGUUUUAUACAUUAAUAAAAUUGUGUUUAAUAGUUUCACUCAGUUUUUGUAGUUAAUAUCUUUAAUUUUGUGUGACUGGUGUGUGAAACAAAAUGAACAGAAAACAGAAGACUAGUUAUUUGUGGUCUUACUUCACAACUACGGAUCCCGUAAGUAAAAUUGCUAGGUGCGAUUUAUGUGGUCAAUUGGCAAGUUUUAAAACUACAGUUUCUAACCUUAGAAAGCAUUUAGAAAGAAAACAUACCACUGUUGCUUUGCCACCGCCAGGAGGGAAACACUUACCGGUAUCAAAUGUGGUUGAACCCCUUGCUGUUCCUUCUUUGGCCUCUACUUUAAACAGGACUACAUCGAACACCAACAUUGCCAUGCAGAAUGUAAAUUCUGACAACAUUGCCACUAAUAGUUCAAUGUGUAAUAUUGUACCAAAUAACCAACCAAGCAUUAGGUCCUUCAUACCUCAGCAGAAAAAAAUUAGUGAAACCCAAAAGAAGAAACUAGACAAGCUCCUCUUAAAUGUGUUUGUUCAAGAUUACCAACCCUUUUCAGUAGUAGAGGACGAAGGUUUUAAAAAGUUCGUCAAUGGUCUAAAUCCAAACUAUGUUCUGCCAAACAGAAAAACCAUUUCAUCUUCUAUGAUACCAGCAGAAUAUGAGAUGUGUUUGAAUGCUGUUCGACAAGAAAUGCUAACAGUAUCAAAUGUUACUUUGACAACUGACACUUGGACCUCUUCAAACACAGAGAGUUAUAUGGCUCUAACUUCCCACCACAUUUCUAACGAUUUUGAAUUAAAAUCAAUUUUACUUGAGUGUUCUGUCAUCAGAUCUUCUCAUACAAGUGUAAACUUGGCGGUAGAAAUAGACAAAAUUGUAAAAAAAUUUCACCUUGAAGGCAAAAUCAUGAUCAUUGUCUCUGACAAUGCCAGUAAUAUUGUAGGGGCUAUAACUAAUGAACUAAAACUAAAACACUUCGGAUGUUUCGCCCAUACAAUUAAUUUAAUUUUGCAGGAUGCAUUGAAGGUUUGUCAGAGCUUAACAGAUCGCAUAAAAGCUAUAGUUUCUCAUUUUAAAAGAAGCACUAGUGCUACAGAGAAGCUAAGGGAAGUACAGAAAAAUUUGGGACUGGAACCCAAAAAACUAGUUCUACAAGUAGCUACAAGAUGGAACUCAACAUUUUAUAUGUUGCAAAGAAUUUCAGAGUUGAAGGAUGCUGUUAAAACGACAGUGGCUUUAAUCAAUAAAGAAAUUCCAGUGCUCACCGAAGAUGAAUGGAAGACUUGCUCCGAAUUGGUAAUGGUUCUGGAACCAUUUGAAGAAGUAACCAGAAAUAUCUCUGGGGAAAAUUACCUUACAGCUAGCCAAGUGAUUGGAUUUAUCAAUGGACUAGUUUCUGUCUGCAAUAAAAUGAGAAAAGAAACCCUAAGCGAAGUCUCCAAACGUGUAGUUGAUGAAUUGCUCAAAGGACUAAAAACCAGAUUUUCUAACAUUGAAAACAGCAAGACUAUAGCUUUGGCGACGUUGUUAGAUCCACGUUUCAAGCUUGCAGUAUUUUCAGAUGAAAAAUCAGCUGGAUCCAUAAAAACCUACUGCACUGAGCUCAUGUCAGCCAUAUGGAGCAAGAAGACAAGCACUUCUGUGACGUCUGUCAGUGGAAGUCAGGAAAAAGACGAUGGAAAUCAGCCUCUUACAAAACAGGCAAAGUUUUCUAUCUGGGCAGACCUUGAUAAGAUGAUAGCAUCCAAGAAACCGUCAGGUUCAAAGACAUCUGCUGCAAUUGUUGAAAUGAACCGUUAUUUAGACGAGGAAUGCAUCGGACGCUCAGAAAACCCACUACUGUGGUGGAAAACAAAAUGA